AUGUCUUCGCAAAGCGUGAAUUCAGAGCCGAAGGAGGCUGCCACGGCAGGAACCACUCUCAGUGCUUCACCCGCCACGUACUCGUUUCUCAACAACGAUGGAAUCGACCAGAUGACCCCGCUACCGCGGAAAAAGGCCUCGUCGCUGUCCCUUUCGGACCAAUGGACUUCGCUGCAUUCCAUGACCAAGCUGACGCAGUUGGAUCAGCCUGGUUCAGGAGCUGCCCCUGCUAGGGCCUCUUCGACCAACCUCAAGCGCUACGGCUCCAGACUCAGCACUGGCAGUCUGGCCUCGAUUGGUUCCAGAAGACCGUCGAUAACGCAGAGAAUCAAAAGAACUGUCAUUGAUCACGCCCGUGUGGCGUCUUAUGCGUUUGCAUUCGACAUCGACGGAGUGAUCGUGAAGGGUCCCAAUACCAUUCCGGAAGCCAAGGAGGCGAUGCGCAUGCUAAACGGUGAAAAUCCGUACAAUGUGAAGGUCCCAUACAUUUUCGUGACUAACGGAGGCGGAAGGGACGAGGAGGCUAGAUCGAAGGAUCUUUCUGACAGAUUGGGUGUGGAGAUCACCAAGGAUCAGGUGAUUCAAGGCCAUACUCCAAUGAAGGACCUCGUGGAUGUCUACGACAACGUUCUUGUUGUGGGUGGAGUCGGCGACGCCUGCAGAAAAGUUGCUGAAGGAUAUGGGUUCAAGAACGUGUACAUUCCGCUCGAUGUGAUGAAUUGGAAUCCUUCCGUUUCGCCCUAUUAUACACUUACGGAGGAGGACAAGAAGGUUGUGAAAGAUGCGGAUUUUUCUAAGAUCAACAUUCAGGCCAUCCUCGUGUUUGCGGACUCGAGGAAUUGGGCUGCGGAUCAGCAGAUCAUACUAGAUUUGCUGCUCUCCAAGGACGGAGUCUUGGGAACGGACUCUACGACGUAUGAAGAGGGUCCGGGCAUCUACUUUGCCCAUUCUGACUUCGUCUGGGCCACGAAUUACAAGCAAUCGCGUUAUGGAAUGGGCGCAUUGCAGGUUUCCAUUGCUGCGCUGUUCAGAGAGCAUACCGGCAAGGAAUUGAAAGUUAUUCGGUUUGGAAAACCCCAACGAGGAACUUUCAAAUAUGCCAACAAAGUACUCACAAAGUGGAGAAAGGACGUUUUGGAUGAGCAUGUGGAGGAGAUGUCUGCAGCCGAAGAAACUGAAGAUGACUCCUCUGACGAACUACAUUUCACUGCGAAAUCCAACAAGGGAGUUUUCAUUUCUGAUUCUGAAGACGAAGAUGACGGCGAUUCUGACGAUGAAGGUCUCACCGUCCAAAAGCUGUCGCAACUGACACUCGAUCUGCCACCGGCAUCAACUGUUUAUUUUGUCGGAGAUACCCCCGAAUCCGACAUCAGAUUUGCGAAUUCCCACGAUGAAUCAUGGCAUUCGAUUCUCGUGAAGACAGGUGUGUAUCAAGGCGGAACCAUUCCCAAAUACAAGCCCAAACACACUUGUGAGAACGUUCUCGAAGCCGUGAAGUAUGCGAUUGAAAGAGAGCAUAAAAUGGAGUUGGAAGAGUGGAAUAAAGGAGCUCUGGAGCCAGAGCACGGAGCUGUGGAUGUUCCCGUGACUUUGGAAGAGAAAAUCGUGGAGAAGCCUGAAAAAGAAGAGAAGUAA